AGCCAAAUAAUUGAAUUUGUACGGCUUAUGUUUUUUAAUAAAAAUAAACUGAGUAGUAAGCUGGUUUCCUCUAAAAAAGACUUUGGCGAUUUGGGGCAUAAAUUUCUUGAAUUCUUGGUACACCAACGCGUUAAAGUUUUUCUUCCUCCGGGAACUCGCAUUGAAAGGUUGAAAGCAUAAUUUCUGCACGGUUUGCACUCAUACGCUUCGCAGCCAUUCACGAGUGGGUGCUGUUGCAGAAUUAUUUGUCUCAAGUUUCACCCUCACAAGGAGUGAUCGAAUUGUUAGGAAGCGAGUAAAAGAGGAAUGGGGAGUUUGGGAGCGAUGCUGAAGCAUCCGGACGAAGUGUAUCCUAUGAUAAAGCUGAAAAUGGCUGCGAGACGGGCGGAGAAGCAGAUCCCCAAGCAGCCCCACUGGGGAUUCUGCUACAACAUUCUCCUCAAGGUCUCUCGCAGCUUUUCUUUCGUCAUUCAACAGCUCCCUACCGACCUUCGCGAUGCUGUGUGCAUUUUCUAUUUGGUUCUUAGAGCGCUUGACACUGUUGAGGAUGAUACAAGUAUAGCCUCGGAGGUCAAAGUACCUAUUUUGAUUGCUUUCCAUCGUCAUGUAUAUGACCGUGAAUGGCAUUUUCCAUGUGGUACAAAGGAAUACAAAGUUCUCAUGGACCAAUUCCAUCAUGUUUCUACUGCUUUUCUAGAGCUGGGGAAGAACUACCAGGAGGCAAUCGAGGAUAUCACGAAGAGGAUGGGUGCAGGGAUGGCAAAAUAUAUAUGCAAGGAGGUAGAAACAGUUGAUGAUUAUGACGAGUAUUGUCAUUAUGUUGCUGGACUUGUUGGGUUAGGCUUGUCAAAACUUUUUCAUGCCUCUGGGAAAGAAGAUCUAGCUUCAGACCAUCUAUCCAAUUCAAUGGGGUUGUUCCUCCAGAAAACAAACAUCAUUAGAGAUUAUCUAGAAGAUAUCAAUGAGAUACCAAAGUCUCGAAUGUUUUGGCCACGUCAAAUAUGGAGUGAAUAUGUCAACAAACUUGAGGAUUUAAAAUACGAGGAAAACUCGGUUAAGGCUGUGCAGUGCCUAAAUGAGAUGGUCACCAAUGCUUUAUCACACGUAGAGGAUUGCUUGACCUACAUGUCUGCUUUACGCGAUCCUUCCAUCUUCAAAUUUUGUGCUAUUCCACAGAUCAUGGCUAUAGGGACAUUAGCAUUGUGCUACAACAAUAAUAAAGUCUUCAGGGGUGUUGUGAAGAUGAGACGAGGUCUAACUGCUAAGAUCAUUGAUCGGACCAGGACAAUGACUGAUGUAUACGGUGCUUUUUAUGACUUUUCUUGUAUGCUUAAAUCAAAGGUUGACAACAAUGAUCCUAGCGCAACCAAAACUGUGAAGAGGCUUGAAGCCAUUUUGAGAAUUUGCAGGGACUCUGGAACCUUAAAUAAGAGGGGAUCUUACAUUAUGAAAAGCGAGCCCAAUUACUCUCUAGCUUUGGUUGUGCUCUUUAUCAUUCUGGCUGUUCUUGCUCACCAUUUUGGAAGACAACCUAAUUAUGUGUGACUGAUGUUAUUAGGCGGUAAAGAGGCAUGUAUUGAGCUCAUUUAGAAAAAGAAAAAAAAUCUAACCUGGGCUCCCUCGUAAAAAAUGGUUAUUGGUGAAAUUUGAUCUCAGCAUCCAUGUUAUUUAUAUUAAGCAACAAAAAAUCUAUCCAAGUGCAUAUCUAACUCAUCUCUUAUCAGCUGCAAAAAAGCUGCAGAAGUCAGAAGUGUGCAUGUUCCUUAGCUUGGAUUUAGCCUUUUCGAUCAUAAUAAGUGUGUGAUCCUGUGUUAGUUAGGUUUAAUUUCUAUUUUUGUCACAAAAAUGUAAUCCACAGUACUCGUGGUUACAAGUUAUUUAGGGCAACAUAAGAGUGAGGGUUGUAGUUUGCUCUGUUGGCAAGGUUUCAUAAUACUUGCGAAUAAUAGUGCUUUAUUGUAUGUGGUCAUAUAUCCGUUUUUGGAUGUACAAUAUGUACAACUCUUUGGUAAUUUGGUUCAAAUAAAGAAGCAUCAUUGCUGCAAAUGAGAGCAAUUCAUCUCAAUGCAAUGGAUGAUUAUAU